AUAAAUUUAGUUGGGACAUUUAACGCCAUACGGAUCUUAUCGGAGUCUAUGUGUACAAAUGAACCAAAUGCAAACGGUGAAAGAGGGGUUAUUGUAAACACAGCAAGUGUAGCUGCUCAUGAAGGGCAACGCGGUCAGGCAGCGUACUCUGCAUCCAAAGGCGGCAUUGUAGGCAUGACGCUUCCUAUUGCAAGAGAUUUGGCAGAGUAUGGAAUUCGUGUGAACACUAUUUCUCCAGGACUAUUUAAUACACCAAUAUUUGAGAGUCUUCCUGCAGCUGUUGUUGAAAAACUAUCCAAAACCGUUCCUUUUCCUCAACGAUUAGGUAAUCCCGAUGAGUAUGCUCAAUUGGUUGAAGCGAUAUUUACCAAUCCAAUGUUUAAUGGCGAAACUGUUCGACUAGAUGGCGCUAUCCGAAUGCAGCCGUAAAAUUUCUUGCACAAUAUUGUUUGUUUUAAUUGUUUUUUAUCUAUUUUUUGAAAGAAAUUAUCAUGGUUUUCAUAACUCUUUAGAUAAAUGUUUUGAAACAUUAA